GCUCUUUUUGCCUUUGAUCUAUAAUCAGCAGUGUUCUCUUACUCAUCAGUCAUCAUUCAAAAUUUAACAGCCCCGGAGAUACUCUAUGUGGAAUCGUAGUAAAAAAAGCAACUCAUUUGGAUCGCCACUAAGAACAACUGUGCAAAGUGCACCAUGCAGCAGGAGAAGACUCCUGCGUUAACCGAUGAAAAAAUUUUUGAUCUUUUUCAAGAUGGUGGUAACAGCCCCGCUUCAGACACCACUCAGAUGCUGUCUCCUGAGAAAUCUGAAAACAGUGAGAAGAUAGAGGAUACGGAUAUUUCAAAUGACAGCGCAGAUAUUUUUGAGCGAGUGCGAGUGUCAUCCUCGGCUAAAGCAGAAAAUUCUUCUGCCCUUGGCAAAGCAUGUGGUGUAUCCCCAAAAAAUCUCGAAAGUCCAGUCAGUAGAGGAAGAAGUAGUCUAUUUGCAAAUGACUCUAUUUUGGAGCACAGAAAUCCAAUUAGGCCUUUUGGCCCAAUGGAUACAUGGAGCAGUCGAUUAAAAAAUUCCAGUCUAAAGUCACAAGCCAGCUCAAGCACUGAGGGGCAGUUUACUGAUGUAGAUUUUUUCAAACAGAAGUCGAAGUGGGUGCCUGUAAAGUUUACAUAUGAAACUACAGAAAUCCGCAAAAAAAAGCAGUCAGCCUUUUUUAUCAACCCAAAUCUUCCUCUUGAAAAACGUGUCGAGGAAUUCACAAAAUCAUGGGAUCAAUGGGUAUGCACCUACUUGAGUCAGACACAAGAUUUGCCAGAUAGCAAGAAGUUACCUUUUAUCGAUACGAGCCGUUUUAAUGUUUUUGAAAGGGCCAAAACCCCUGACCAAAGAAAAGGACAGAAGACCAAUCCCCGACCGCAAACAAACAAUGGUAGAAAACCUAAAAAUCAGAAUCAAAUCAUUGAUGAGAGGAGCAAUGUAUCUGUACGAGAGGAUGGAGGCUGGGUGUCUCGUAACAAACCAAUGUAUGAAAGAGGAAACAGAAAAUCGUUAGAUGAAGACCACAACCAAAUCAAAGAAAAACGUCAAGAAAAAACAUCUCCGUACGAGUUCUCCGAAGACGAAGAUAAGCCAGGAACAAUAUUAAAAGGAGUUGAAAGUACAAAAGGAUCAAAAGCAGAGCAAUCUAAAAGCUUUAUCUCUGAAGGCAAUAAAAGUAACCCCCAGCUAGAUGUUGAAUUUAAUUUCAACAAACGACUCAUGGAUGAGAGUUCUUCCCCUAAACCUAAUCAACGUCUCUUCAAAGAAGCUUUAGCACGAGGAAGUGAAAGAAAAGGCUCAAGAGAUGAGACACAUCAGAAUAGCCCCUCUGGUUCUGCAUGGCAAAACAAUGAAGGGCCAAUAAAGGGAAGAGAUAGUUCAGAUUUCUCAAGAGGUGGAGGUAGAGGAAAUUCUGGUGGACAAGAUUCGUUUAAUGGCACUCCAAGAGCGUCUCCUUCAAAUGCCGAUGAUAAUCAUCAGCAGGUGAAAGACAGUGACAGUAUGGCAUGCCCAAUUUGUUCAAUGGAAUUUAAAAUGGGCAAUGAACUAGAGAAUCAUGUAGACCGCUGCCUUAUGGGUCAAACUGAACCUAUUGUAACCAGAAGUAGAGACCAAUCUAAUGCUCCAGGUAAAAAAAGGCCAUUAGAUCCAGUAAGUGACAGUCCAGAAUUACUAAGAACAAAUGAUAGAGAUCGAAUUUACAACAUUGACAGCUCUGAUGAAGAAACAAGUUCUAUCGUUCCACCCAAGAAAGAGAGGCGGUAGUAUUCUCAAGUUCUCAAGGCUGUUUUUCUUGCAGUUCAAGAAUAUGUGUCACUUGUUACCAGGGUCAACAUGCGUUUUAUUAUUGUUAAGUAGUUUUUCAAUUCGUUCCUAUAUUGUUCAGUUUCCCUCUGUGAUUACUUCAUUGGUGAGGAUUGGGUUACAUAGAUAUUCUUAAAUGGGUCUGUUGCAUUUGAGAGAUACAACUAACCGAUUUCACCUCAUCAUGAUGAAUAUUACAUGAAAAUCACAAUAAGGACAGCAGGAAUGUCUAAAAUUCAAGCCUAAAUGCACAAUCAGCGCAGUUCAUGUAGAAUUUUUUCAGAUUUAGCAUAACAGAACGCUGUUUUUGUCAGGUCCUGGAAGUCAGGUUUGUUCAGAGAAAGGCUUAAAAAAACCCAACCUACAUAAACAAGCAAUCCUUUACAUAUUGAUGGUGAAACUUUCAAUCCACAUAUCUUAUCCUGCAGAGUUACUGACCUCCUGUCUUACUUUAUUUUUUAAAUAGAUACAGUAAGAAAAUUUCUUUCAUUCUUGAAAACUGCUGUGAUUUUUCCUCCGGAAGAAAUUUCUGUGACAACUUCAAGAAAUGAUGUUAAUUUGUUCACCUUUAAAAAAUUAAGCAGAGAUUGUGAAACAUUGCAAACAAGACACGUCGUUUGCGAGCUUCCUCGUCGAUAUCCAACAUAUCCUUCUCUUGUAUGUUCAAUUGGUUAAAAACUUUUGUCAUUGCAAUGCAAAGAACAAGAAAGGAAGAAAGCGAUCGUAAUCAUAUGUCUUGUAAAUUUUCUUCUAUCGCUCUCUGGAUGGAUGUGACUGCCAAGAACUGUAAAAACUGUCCUUGGACGCAGAAAUUUUGAAACAGUGUAUUACAAACUUUUACAUCGUGCGUGAUUGAAUAGAUUUUAGACAUUCCUGAUGUGUUCAACAAGAUUUUUGUAACCUCUAACCUUCAGAAAGUAAGCCCAGCUAGCAGUAUCUUCUGUGAUAAUUUGAAAUAACACAACUGUGUCAAAAAAUUUCACAACACUUCUUUCAAGUCACUCAAUUUUUAAAAAAAGAAGAAGCAACAGCACAACCAGGGAUAAUUUGAGCCUGGAUAAUCAGGGUUUGACUGCAUUUUUCUUAUUAUCUAGACUCUUUCUUUUGUGUAACUUGCUCUGCUGAGUUUAAAUGUAGAGGACACUGGAUGUGAGUUUCUUGAUUUCGAAAUUUUGUAAGAUAGCUGUCCAAAGUGCAAAACUUUACAGAAUGUCCAAGUUGCUCAAGUAUUAAGAAUUAGUAUGACACUGAAACAUGAAAGAAGUUUUGAAAAAAAGUGUGCUAAUCAAAACGUUGAUGUUACAUUAUGUUAAUUUCUUCCUCUUUUUAUGUAGGCUAAAGUAUUUUAUAGUUAAGUUUUCUCUUUUUUCCUUCUUAUUCUUAAUUUUUUGAAGUCGUACAUGGAAAUUUCAAAUUAUGAUUCAUGGGAAAUAUUUUUCAUUUGUUAACACACUUUUAAUUUUUUAACACUCACUAGUUGGGUUUUAUCUCUGUUGUACAACCAACUCAUGGUUCUUUCUAACUUCCAAGAAAAAUAGUUUUUGUAUUUCAUAGGGCUGUGCAAAUAGUGAAUUUUCCAAACGAAACGAAUAGCGAGUAAUUUCGGCAACUAUUCGCGAAUAGCGAAUAAUUUAAGUCAAUUAUUCACAGUUACGAAUAGUAAAAGGAAUAAUUUGAAAUGACUUUUUCAAGUGUGAAAAUUCGCAAAUAUUACAAAAGUUGACAAAAAAAAGUGGGAUUACUUUUAUAAGAAUUUUCCAUUUGCUCAUACACCUGCUCAGAUAACAAUAAAAUUCAAUAUGAUAGUAGCCUAGGCUGUUAAGAAUGUGCUUGAAGAUCCCUAGAUGCUGACUUGACUGUCCCUGCAUUUACGCAUGCAUUCCCAGGAUUUGAAGGUAACUGAGGGGCAGUCAAGCCAGUAUUGAAGGAUCACCAGACACAUUUUAGUAUUUUAUUUUUUUUGGUGUAAGUGAAAAUGUGUUUAUGAACUUUUUUUUUUCUAUUUCAGACACUUCCGUGUCUUUCAAUCUUUAAUUUGGGCUCUUUGCUUAUUCCCACCUUCCCUUCUAUCAAGACUUCUGCCAGAUAUUGCUAUUAAUUUAACUUUCAGUGUGUAGUACUCUUGGAGCAAUCAAGAUACGCGGGCCAAUCGCGCUUGCACUCACUGUUCGUAAAGUCGGCAAAGUGGGUAAAGAUCAGAGGAGAUCCGCCAUUUGCGAUGUCUCGAAUGGAAGGGCAAGCCUUGCGCAGAUCAUCGCAACGUUUCAUGAUUGCCACUCGGAAAUUCGUUUCUCGUGACGGCGCGAAUAUUUGAAAAUGUCAGUUCAAAAAUCCACAAUUUGCAAUCGCGCAAUUAUUCGCAAUUUGUGAGUAGUGCAUAAGGCAGACGAAGCGAAUAUUCGCACAGCCCUAGUAUUCCAACAAAGCAGUGUAAGGAUAUUGUGAGAGAAAACUGCCCCCCUCAAAACUUAAUUGAAAAUGGUAGACAGGUCAAUUUGUUCUUUCACGCAGGCGUUACUGCUUGCAUGAUGACUUUUAGUGUAUUUUCCGAAGGAAUUUGUAAUUUCAUUUAUAUUGAGGCUCCCAAGAGUCCUCCCCCGGUAAUUAAAGUUCUUUCUGUAUGUCUCUCAUCUUAUUCUGCUAUAAAGUUUUAUUUUCAUAUCUCUUAUUCCUUUGUUAAGCUUCAAAGUUGCCGAUUAUAAAAGUAUCACUGAUUUUACAUCGCUCCUCUGAAUGCCUAUGCUCAGAGAGAUUCUAGGAAUUGGCCAUUUUUCUAAUUCUUUUUAGGCGCUUUUUUCUAUAAAUUUCAUCAAUAGUGAGGUGAGCUAUUCAAUGUCGCUGAAAAUAGAAUUUGGAGAAUAAUAUUUUGUGGUUAUUUUCCUAGAAAAAUGGAAUCGUGUGGAAUCGUGGUAGUUUAAAUAUGUAAGUCAUUGAUGUAUACCACACACAUGCUUACAAUUUAUGUGCCUUACCAUACAAAACGAAUGAAGUUUUAUUUUGUUUAAAUAUAUAUCUCGGUUCUAUAGUGCACUAAGUAAAUGUUUAUCAUUCCUUGCUUCCCAACAUGUGAAGUCAGCUUUUUUAAUUGAUAUUUCGUCAUUUUGUUCUGCUGCGCAUUGAUUCAUUUUAUUUUAAAUAUUCCUUUUUUUCCAUUUCAACAGGUUGCAUUUAUUUUUGUACCAUUUGUAUUCAUAUUUUAUUACCCUGGGUUUCACUCAGUUAUGAAGCUUUUUUGUUAAGUUUUCUCCAGGUUCUCAAUUUUCUACUUAGUAAAGUGAAAAUGUUUUCAUUACUUGUGGAAGAAACUCCUCACUAUGACAAAUUCAAGAAUAUAUUAUUAUGAUCUAAAA